AUGUUAUAUUGAUGCUCCUACCAAAUCUUUAAAGAACGAACCAUGCAUGAAAGGGCGUUGAGUAGCCUCCAUUUCUGUACUUCUACAAUUUAGUUUGUGCCACCAUGGGAAGCACCGCGCCUCACGUAGCCUUGCUCGCUAGCCCCGGAAUGGGACACCUUAUCCCGAUGCUCGAGCUUGGUCAUCGCCUUGCUUCCACAUUCAGUCUAAGAGUCACUGUAUUCGUAGUGACCACCGAUGCCUCGACAGCCCAAUCACAGAUCAAUCAGGAAUACUCCACGUACAAGAAAGUAAUCAGCAUCGUUCUGCUUGAGCAGCUGGACUUAUCGAGCCUCAUGGACUGGCCGACAGCGAUGCUUUCUCAGAUCGUCCUGAUAAUGCGCCAUUCCUUGCGAUACCUGAGGUCCGCAAUCUCUUCAAUGGAGAUUCGCCUGACAGCCCUAAUUGUUGACGUGUUUGGGGUUGACGCAUUUGCUGUUGCCGAUGAGUUUAAGAUGUUGAGGUAUGUAUUGGUCACUACUAAUGCGUGGUACCUCGCACUCAUUACAUAUCUUCCGUUCAUUGAUUGUAAGAAUGAAGAUGACCAUGUUAGGCUUCACCAGCCAUUUAACAUUCCCGGCUGUGAAUCAGUUCGAUUUGAAGACACGAUUAGCGCAUUUUAUAAUAGAGACGAUCAGACAUUAUUCAACGACUACAAAAGGACAGGGAUUGAAUUGGGAAGAGCUCAUGGACUACUGGUGAAUACAUGGGAGAGUCUCGAGCCUAAAACAUUGAGAGCCCUACGAGACCCGAAGACAAUGGGGCGGUUCCUGGAGAGUUCCCGAAUCUUUCCAAUUGGCCCAGUAGUCCGUCCCAGUCAACCAGCGAAACAAGACGUGCCAAGGAACAAAGUGCUGGAGUGGUUGGACCAGCAACCGGCUGAAUCAGUGCUCUAUGUGUCGUUCGGGAGUGGUGGUACCCUGUCAGCCGACCAGCUCACCGAACUGGCCUGGGGCUUGGAGCAGAGCAGCCAUAGAUUCGUAUGGGUGGUACGCCCUCCAACAAAAGAUUCGGCAUCUGGAUCAUUUUUCAGACUCAGUAAGAAAACCGACAAAACCCCGGAGUACUUGCCUGACGGGUUCGUGACCAGGACCCAGGACAAGGGUCUGGUGGUCCCGACCUGGGCUCCACAGACGGAGGUCCUCGCUCACCUGUCGGUUGGCGGGUUCCUGUCGCAUUGUGGGUGGAACUCGAUCCUCGAGAGUAUCCUGAACGGCGUGCCCAUGAUAGCCUGGCCACUGUACGCGGAGCAGAAGAUGAAUGCGACCAUGCUAGCCGAGCAGCUGGGCGUGACUGUGAAGCCAGAGAAGUUGCCGUCCAGUGGUAUCAUCAGGAGGGACGAGAUUGAGGCGAUGGUGAGAAGAGUGAUGGAAAAGGACGGGAAUGAAGGGAAGCAAAUGAGGAUUAGAGCACAUGACCUUAAACGGACUGCGGACGAGGCAUUAAGAGAAGGUGGAUCCUCCCAUUAUAUGCUCUCGCAGAUGGCCAGAGAAUGUGAAUGUGGUCUGGAGAAGCUCGAUGAAGUAAGGGGCGGUCUUGAUUGAUCGGCCACUACCUACAACAGUUCGUCGUAAUUCCAUAAGAUGAAAUUUCUCGUUUCUUGUUUUCUUUUUCUGCAAAUAAAGAAAAGGGUUAAUGGCAUUAAAAAUCAUGAAUUACCUCCUUUGUAAUAAAAGAAAAAUCAUAAAUUUGCUAUUA